AUGGCCGAGGAAGCCUUGUCCGGCAUCUGCUUUCAUUGCGCGGAGCUCCUGGCUAGCGUCCCGCUCUCGGUCCUGCUCGUCACAUUCGUUGCAACGCUCUCUGGACUGUUUGUCCUGUUUUACGUCACCCUCUACACCGUCGCUCCCGCCCCGCGCAAACCGUUCCCUGAGGAGAAGAAAUACCGUACGCUCUUGAAGGAUGGGUCGAUCACGGAACCACUGCAAUUACCUUGCUGGCAAGAUGCCCUCGAUGCUCAGAAACGUCCCGGUCGGAUCCUCGACCACUCUUCGAUGGAGGACGCCGAUUUGUUCAUAUCGGUGGUAGUGCCCGCAUACAAUGAGGAAGACCGUCUGGGAGGCAUGCUGGAAGAGGCAGUGGAUUACCUAGAAAAGGUAUAUGGGACAGUAACCGACUCCGUCAAUGGUUCCGAUACCACCGCAGCAGAGAAAGCAGUGCGUCAGCGGAAAGCCGCCAACGGGCAUGCAAACGGUACUGCAGCACAUCGUCUGGUGGACGACAACAAGGGCUGGGAGAUUAUCAUUGUCUCCGAUGGAUCCAAGGACAAAACCGAAGAGACGGCUUUCACAUUUGCUCGGGAUCAUCAACUCUCAAUACAUCCCAAGGGCUACGCUGGUCCUUGGACCCCGGAAACACAUGAGGGUGUCCGCAUCCCUUCCGGGACUAUCCGGGUGGUGACUUUGACGGAGAACAGGGGCAAGGGCGGAGCAGUCACCCAUGGCAUGCGGCAUGUCCGCGGUCAGUACGUGGUGUUUGCGGAUGCCGACGGUGCGAGCAAGUUUGAAGAUCUAGGGAAGCUCGUCGCGGCCUGUCAGGCAAACGAGGACAUGCAAGGGCGAGGUGUGGCCGUUGGUUCUCGGGCGCAUAUGGUUGGAAGUGAGGCGGUUGUCAAGCGCUCGAAGCUGCGCAACUUCCUCAUGCAUUCUUUCCACCUGAUUCUCUGGCUAUUGACGCCGUCGAAGACAGCCACCAUCAAGGAUACCCAGUGUGGGUUUAAAUUGUUCUCCAGGGCCUCGUUGCCCUACAUUAUUCCCUACAUGCACUCGGAGGGGUGGAUCUUCGAUGUGGAGAUGCUCAUGCUCGCCGAAUUUGCAGACAUUCCCGUAGCGGAGGUACCCGUGGGAUGGAGAGAGGUCACGGGCAGCAAGCUGAACGUGAUCCGUGACAGCAUUGGCAUGGCUUGGGGGCUGGCAGUUCUGCGUGCUGCAUGGAUGCUUGGCGUGUACCGGCGUACUUGA